AUGGCGUCCGCGAUUGAAGACGUCAUGCGCCAAUCAUUCCCUGAUCCCGCUGAGACGGGGCGUCACGAGCUGGGCUCCUCUCCAAUCGCAGCCUAUCUCGACUACCCCAGCCCUGCACAAUCUCACGAUCAGCUUGCCUCUAAGCCCACGGGCUACCCCAGUGUUGCCCAAAUCUCCAGGCUGGCUGGUAAUGGCUCCAGCGAAAAGCGAGCAUCGUCUUUUGAAGAGGUUAGCCACCUCUUAUCUUCUCACCAAAAGUCAAAAUUAUCCGGCCGCAGAGCGACGAGUCAAAUUGCUUCCCCGGUCGUCGAUUUUGAUGUGGCCAUCGCAGAGAAGCCGAAGAAAGCCCUCCAGGGCGGUCACCCAGAAGAGGGCCCAAAGUCUUACUAUGUCAUUAAUCCCAUAGUCCCCGGCUCGGCUUGGUAUUUUACCAAGGGGAAAAGCAAUUCCGAUACGCAUGAAUAUGAAGUCGAGAGAGUUUCGACUCAUCUUGUUGAUAUCGGGCAAAAUCGCAUAGGAUACCUCAUUGAAACCGCAACUCGGGACGACGUGACUGCGGUUGCCGGAGGCCGGCCUGCACCCUGGAAUCCUAACGGCCAGAAUGGUUGGUCUACCACAUCAAAUUCAUCCAUAGAGAAAGCCAACCAUAUCACAGAAGCAGAGCCCGGUAAAAGGGCGAACCGUUUCGAAAGAUUUGACUCGGAAGGAGACUUCGAGACACAGCACCACGAUGAGUCGGCCAUCAUUGUGGAGCGUCAAGAUAUUCCUCUCGUCACGGAGAUGAUUUUUCGUCAGAUAAACACGACUAGACUAAAACGAAAUAGCCCUCGAAUGAUCGGCGGCUCUGCGGAAAAGCACCAAGCAUUGCCUGAAGAGAAUGGGGAACUCGCGAAGAUCAUCGAGGAGACACUAAUGGCGUUUAGAAGACCUAUACUAUAUGACACUACACCCGAGACAGGCGAGGCAGACAUCUCUCCUCAAAGCAAACUGCCGGUUCAGUUUGAGAUGGAGCACGAGAACCAACGUACAAAGCUGCGGCCGCCUGUGGUCUCAGAUCCAGCAAAUACUUUGAGCAUACCGCAGACGUCGAUUACUGCCGCAGAUGUCACCCACAAGGUCGAUAGAGCCAGAGAGAAGUGGCAGCAAGAAGCGUCAUCGACAUCGACAACAUUGAUCUCCUCGCCAAACGUGACUUCAAUCACUUGGACGAAGCAUGGCGGCCAUGCAGGAGAAUCGACCCUGUCCCCAGAUUCAGCCGGGAGCUCCUUAGAUGAGGACUCUGAGAGGAAUUCGCAAACCGGUCGACCUUCAUCCUGCCGUACCCACAAAGACGAGAAAUUGGAAGCAUCUCAGGCCUCCAUUGGUUCUACCAGCGUUGCGUCAACCAUCACCUCGUUUCCGAAACUUCUUUCGCGACAUUGUACCAGAGAAUGGAUCAAGCCUCUGGUUAGUCUGGAAGACAAAUCUACCAAUCCAUCCCAUCAAGGGGUAGAUGAUGGCACUAAUCGUAUUUCUCGCGAACCUCAUACCUCAUUUACUGAGACUACGGAGCCAAUGUGCUUGCCGGGUGAUAGUUUCCAAUCCCGCAAUAAUUCAAGUUACUUCACAGAUGAAGCUCCAAAAUCCAGGCGCACAACGCUAUCUCAGUCUCCCUCCAAUACGAAGAGCUUUGGGAGCCAAAUCGGCUCAUCGGCGCAUCGACGUCGAAGUACACUGACGUACGACUCCAAGGGUUCGCCCUCAACAGACCACUUCUUUCCUAAUAUUCUCGGCAAAUUUUUCGUUGGCAGGAAUACAGAAGAACCGGAGACUCCCGAUUCAGAGAGGGCAAUGGGUUCAGACACUUUGGCACGUCUUGACUCGCCAGCUCAUGUUCAGGUGCAUGUGGGAGCUCCCUAG